AUGCCUCAACCACUCCGCAACAUUUCCCUCUACUCAGGGUUCCUGGCACCGCCAAAUCAAAGCUAUCCCCUCGCACUCGACACGCUCCUAAGAUGGAUUCCAUUCAGCGUCAGCCAUCUAGACCUCCUACUAUGUGCGGCAACUACUUCUGCUCCGGCUUAUCCUGAACUAGCGCAGCUGAAAGAUCAAGACCAAGCUUGGAAUAUUCAGCCGGUUUUCCAAAACCUAUGGCUAAAGUAUAAGGCGAUCGUGGUGAUUUCCCAAGGACAGUCCGUCUUCUUGGCCCGGCACAGAAAUAACAAAGUGGCUCUGGUCAAUAUCCACCUUCUGAAGCAGCAGUUUUCGUCUGUCAAGCCACUGUUAGAAACCAGGAGUCAAUUUUCUUAUCCCAGCUUUCUGGGUCUGCUGGGGUGCUACUGUUGGGAGGAUCAGGUAUUUUUGGUCUGGGAGUCAGUAGAGCUCUUAGUGAGUCAGAUCCUCGCAUCGAGGUGCACUAUUACUGAGGGUGAGGUUGCCGCAAUUGUUCGGCCGGUCCUCGAAGGAAUUCAAUAUCUGCGCGGUCGCGGAAGAGCCCUCGCCGCCUUAAGUGCCGACACCAUAUUGCUCACGGAGUCCGGCGGAGUCAGGAUCGCCGAGAUAGACGCGGUAACUCUGAAGCUAUUCGCUUUGGCUGAGAGUGCCGAGGCCAAAGGUCUGCCUAAGGAGCUGAAAAGCUGCUGUUCACCGGAGGAGCUUUUACGCAGCAAAUUCUUCGAGCAAUUGGGGGAUGAGGGCGAACUGAAGAUGCUGGUGAACGCGGCCAAUAAGACUGCUUAUCACAACCUCGAGUCAUUCAAGCGUAUAUGA